AAUGAAAAAUAUAUAGGCUACCCCCUCUGGUGCUACUGUUUGAAACAAUACUAAUUGCUGCGUUAUAACAAUAAAUAUGUGGCUUCCAAGAAAACUUAGGAAAGUAAGAUGCAAAGCCGACCAUACUUGAAACAAUGUGAACCCGAUUUCCAAGUGUAUCUCUUUCCCCCAAACGUGCACCGUGUCAUUGUACUCAUGUCUUGUCCACUGUCAUUUCGCAGAGUCUUUGCUACGGUGGACUCGGUGAUCAGGUAGUUUUUAAAAUGUGAUUUCUUCGGGGAUUUCCUAAAUCUCUUAGUUUGGUGUUGCUGCGGUGCAUUUAUCGGGAAAGAUGUUUACGUUUGUACUGCUGGAAGGAUUAUGCGUUUUAAGCGUGAUAACUUGUGUCUAUGCAUCAUGGGAAAAUCCCAAUUCCAAUGUGAAAAACCAAGCGAACGAACUUGACAAGCCCACCUCUCAACCUCACAUCAUUUUCAUCCUGGCCGACGAUCAAGGAUUCCGAGACGUGGGAUACCAUGGCUCCGAGAUUAAAACACCGACCCUCGACCGGUUGGCGUCAGAAGGAGUGAAACUGGAGAAUUAUUACGUACAGCCCAUCUGCUCCCCCUCUCGAAGCCAGUUUAUGACUGGCAGGUACCAGAUCCACACGGGCCUGCAGCACUCCAUCAUCCGAGCCGCACAGCCCAACUGCCUGCCCCUGGAAAACGUCACCCUGCCCCAGAAGCUGAAGGCCGUGGGCUACUCCACCCACAUGGUGGGCAAGUGGCACCUGGGCUUCUACAAGCGGGAAUGCAUGCCCACUCAGCGCGGGUUCGACACCUUCUUCGGCUACCUCCUGGGCAGCGGGGACUACUACAGCCACUACAAGUGCGACGGCCCCGGCAUGUGCGGCUACGACCUGUACGACGGGGAGGAGGCGGCCUGGGACCAGGACCGGGGGGUCUACUCCACCGUCAUGUACACCCAGAAGGCGGUGAGCCUCCUGGCGUCCCGCGACCCCCGCCGCCCUCUCUUCCUCUACCUGGCCUACCAGGCGGUGCACUCGCCCCUGCAGGUGCCCAGCCGCUACCUGGAGCGCUACAAGUCCAUCCCCAACCUGCACCGCCGCAAGUACGCCGCCAUGGUGAGCUGCCUGGACGAGGCGGUCCACAACAUCACGCUGGCGCUCAAGCGGUACGGCUACUACGACAACAGCAUACUGGUGUACUCCACGGACAACGGGGGCCAGCCCAUGGCCGGGGGCAGCAACUGGCCCCUCAGGGGGAGCAAGGGGACCUACUGGGAGGGGGGCAUCCGGGCGGUGGGGUUCGUCCACAGCCCCCUGCUGCUGAGGAAGGGCACGAGCUGCCGGGGGCUGGUGCACAUCACCGACUGGUUCCCCACGCUGGUCACGCUGGCCGAGGGGUCGCUGGAGGAGGACCUCAACCUGGACGGGUACGACGUGUGGGAGGCCAUCAGCGAGGGCUUUCCGUCCCCCCGCCAGGACAUCCUGCACAACAUCGACCCCAUCUACACCAAGGCCAAGAACGGCUCCUGGAAGGCCGGCCACGGCAUCUGGAACACGGCGGUCCAGGCCGCCAUCCGCGUCGGGGACUGGAAGCUGCUGACGGGCGUGCCGGGCUACAGCGACUGGGUGCCGCCGCAGACCUUCUCCAGCGUGCUGCUCACCAACCGCUGGCACAACGAGCGCGUCCGCUGGGACCGCGGCAAGUCCGUCUGGCUCUUCAACAUCACCGCCGACCCCUACGAGCGGGUGGACCUGUCGCGGCGCCACCCGCAGGUGGUCAAGAGGCUGCUCCUCCGCCUGGCCCAGUACAACAAGACGGCCGUGCCCGUCCGCUACCCCGCCAAGGACUCCCGCUCGAACCCGCAGCUCAACGGAGGGGUGUGGGGACCCUGGUACAAGGAGAAAGGGGAGGAGGACGGGGAGAGCAACCUCCUCACCAACCAGCUCGACAAGAGGAGGCGCAAGAAGAAAGCGAGGAGGAAGCACAAGCAGAGAAGGGGAUCCAGAGAUUAGCCUUUCCACUGGUAGUUUUAUAAAAGGUGCUUCAAACACUCAAAUCUCAGGGAUUGCGAGCCAUUCGGGCUUGUAGAGCAUGUCUGUUUCACUGUUUUCUGAGUUUUACGGGACAUUUGGAACUGGAAACAGAAAGAGGACUGAGUACAAAGGGUGCAAAAUGGCCUCAUCUGCAAUAAAACUGUUCCCCACAAGUUAAGAUGUAAAAUGCAGAUUCCUUUUGAAACGAUCUGCUUUUAUUUUGCUUGGGCAUCUAAGCGAUGUUUAUUUUUUAUAUUUUAUUGCAUGCUGGAACUUCAGAGACCCUCAAAUUGUUAAUAGAUUUAUUAUAUUUAGUAUAUGGAAAAGACAAUAAAUAUAACUAAUUUGCAGACGGCACCACUUUUUGUGGUAGUAAAAAAAAAAAGAAAAAUUAUAUCAGACGUCAAAUGCAAGGUUCUCAGAAUCUGUACAUUUUAUUUCAUGAAAAACUGACAUUUGAAUUAGUUUUGCAGACUAUCAGAAUUAAAGAAUAAUGUGUCCUCUCCCUUACUACCUGGUCUGGUACCGGCUCAUCUUGAAUGUAAGACAAAUUAAAUAAAGCCCUUGAAGGACAACUUUAUUCUUUUACUUCAGUAUCCCUCUUUCUUAUGCUCAUUGUCCUUCAUCAUGCCUGAUGUAUUCACUGCUGAAGGAGGCCAUACACGUUCUUAAUAGCAGGGAAAUAAACAUCUUGCCCACAUCCCUUCAUCCCUCCAUCUCUUCAGUAGCACAUUAAUGGGCAGGCUUUUAGUUGCUGGUGAAAGGCUAUUUAAUAUGUUUUAUUGAAGUGGAAAAUACUAUAAAGCGUAUUCUGGCUAGCAGGAUGCAGUUAACCCACUGUGAUCAGUGUGGAAGUUGAACUUUCGGUCUGGAGCAUGCAUGUCAUGGAUGAUGAGAAAUCUGGCAAAAGGCUUAAGGAGAGACAUCAUUAUAUUUUGAGAGGGCACAUGUGAUUUGGACCUUCAGGACUCAUGGGGAAAAAGCCCCCAACCCUUCCUCACAAACAAAUAUUGAAACAAAUGGUCUCCUUCCGUUGCUUGGUGCUGACUAAAAACAUGCAAACACAACAGCCAUUUCGAACAAGGAGGCACGCCAAUACUAAGCAAACAAAAAGAGAGUUAUUAUUGGGUUUCUUUUAUUUGUACUUGUCCCUAUCAACCGCUUGACAACAACAAUGCAGUUGUUACUUUAAAAUACACCCUGCUAUGCACAAGAAUCCAUUCAUGUCAAUACUGAAAUGCAUUUCCAUUAGCUAGUAAAAAUGUCUCAAGAAAAAAAUUUUUUUCCAUCAUUUUUAACACUACUGUAAAACAUGACCAACAUCUUGAAAUGUAAACUACUGAACUUCAUUGAAUUUGAUAUGGAUCAACUUUUGAGUAACUGCCAUUGAUUUUUUCCAUGGGAGUCCUCAGGUGAUAUGUAAUGAGAAGCCCACUCCAGUGAUGUCACUUCCUUUACUAAGAGCAUGUAAUGUGCUGAUUGGUUCCAGGUCAUAUAGUGAUUCACUGGAUGGGUUCAUGCAUCAUGGAUUUGUGUGUGUGUGUGUGUGCGCGCGCGCAUGUGUGCGUGCGUGUGUGUGUGUGCACAUGUUUAAAAGCAUAUGUUUUUAAUGCAUGUGUAUGUGCAUAAGCAAAUCGGCAGGCCUGUGAUAAAACAUUAUCUAAAAAUACUUUUUUCCAUUAUAUUUUUAAUACAUCCAUAUUAAUACAACGUUAUGUUAGGCUGCCAUUAUAAGAAGGACACAUUAAAAAAUGGAUUGCAGACUUUGAUUACAUGUUAAAAACUUUGUUUAUGGAUACGGGUUACAAUGUGACACAGAUUGGAUUAUAUCUCACUGAAAAAUUUAUCAAUAAACCAUUUGAAGUUCACCGUU